UAGUCGCCAAGUAAGCAACACGUAAUUUGGUACAAGGAAGCAAAGUUAUCAGCAAAGUGAACGCACUUGACAGACUAACUAAAUAUCUUAAUACACCACAUUUAGGAGAUCACUUGGUUAUAUCGCGCUUCGGAUACUUCAGCUAGUCAGCUACGAGGAAAUGGGAGAUUUACAAGAUGGUUCACCCGUUCUUGCUUUCGAGAAAGACCCGCUGGAACUUACGGUUGAAGAUGUUUAUGACAUUUCAUACGUGAUUGGUAAAGAUUUGCUAAAAAUUAACAGAGGCGGUCAAGAGGUGUCAGAAUUACAAUUCAAAAUUGUUCGUGUGCUGGAAAUGUUCGAAAUAAUGGUCAGCAAGUAUAACCUGUCGCUGGAGGAGCUCAGGAUGGAACGGGACAACUGGAAAGGGGAGCUGGACAGAGUGGUUGCAGGAGGUUCAGGUGAAAAUGAUAACCAGAUAAUUGGCCCUGACAAACUGGUGAUAGAUUUGAAGGACCCCAACCGACCACGCUUCACCAUGCAGGAGUUAAAAGAAGUCUUACAGGAGAGGAACCAGCUCAAAGGACAGUUACUGCUGGCCCAAGAAGAGCUACAGCUUUACAAAAGUGGUGUUCUGCCUCAGCCAGAGCCAAACAUGGUUGAAGUAGAUCUAGAGACCCCUCCCUCCUCUGACCCCCCACUUUCUGUGACCACAGAGGAUAACAAAGAAGAACAAAAAGAGGAAAAGACCACUAUUCAGAAACUGUUCUUUUUUAAAAGAAAAUAGAAGACAGCCAACAUCUUCCUAGGAUGCUCUGCAAAAACUGAACUUAAAGCCUGUUUAUAUUCAGAAUCCUUCCUUGGCUUUUUAAAGGAAUAAACAAUCGUCUCUCUUUAUAUUUUUCAUAUAAUACAUUGCGUUAUUGUUAUGUUAACUCUGACAAAACUGUGAAGAUUAUCUUUGUUUAUUUUGGAAGAUAUGGGGAAAAAUUAGGUAUUGAAUUUGCAGGUGAGCUAAUGUUCAUAAUACAUUAUCAUAUGUGACUUCACAUAGUGAAACUAGAAAACAAAACUUUAAAUCUCAAUCCCUGAUUUAUUGGCUCAGCUACAUUGUAGAUGAGGAUCUCACUCAAUGUACUCCAAGGUUAUUUGAUUGAAAUGUCUGAUUCGAUAACAGUUAAACUAUUGUAGCUCAACAGUUAAGCAAAUAUCACAAAUCAGGAAGCCAUGUUAUGAGUUUUACUUCAAAUGAACAGGAUUUAAAUAGUGCUUCAUCUAGGUUAGAGGUCAGGUAUAGCAGUAUACAGGGUAUUAUCAAGGUAUAAUGAGAGUGAUCGGAAAGAAUGAUGAAAUGUUAUAAAUUAGUAUUCAUAUUUGUUCUUUUACAUACCCAUCACAUGAAAACAUGAUUACAAAUCUAUAAAUGCAAAGACUCUUAUUUUGUUAGAUGUAUUAGCAGACAAAGCUUUCUGCCUGAAACUGUGUGGAGUUAGUUCUUGGUUGGAGAAAUUAGGAAACUUAUGCACAUCUGUUGAGUAAAAAACCAAAACAAGGAAACACUUGUGGCCUCGACAGUAUAUUAGAAUAGAAUGGGCCAAAUAUGACACCUGAAAUACUGUGCUUGAAUUAUAUAACCUAAUUAUA